CACAAGUCUACACCGAUUGAUCAAAAACAUCCGGAUUCGAGCUCCGAUUUUUCACAUUUCAUUGAAGAAUUCAUAUGAAUUGAGGAUGAGUGAGAACAUGGAAGGUGAAUCAGAUAGGGAUAAAGAUGAUGGACCCAUCAAAGGAGAAUCACAAGGAGGAGAUGCAUUGGUGGUAAAAUCUAGCACCCAAGUACGCUUCCCUCGUGUGAUGCAGAGAUUGUUUCCAUACUCUCGUCUUAAGUUGAAUACCAAUCUCCAUCAGCCACCUCCAAACUGGCUUCGGAAUGGUCCUGCCAUACAGUUACCUAAUACAUGGAUCAGAGGUGAACCUGCUGACAUAUCCAGCUUUGGAAUGGCAGAUGCAGAUAUAAUGGAUGAUGUAGAUGUCAUUUCAGCUUCAGAGAACAUCAAAAAAUUGCUGAAGAUACCUUUCAGUAAUGAGCAGGUCAGCUUGGCAGUCCAUCGGAUUGGGAAAACUCUUCUUCUUGAUAAACUUGAUCUCUAUAAGCACCUUAGGGAUGCCUCACAGUCUGAGAAGAAAUGGUUACAGGAUGUAUUUAUCAGACUGGUUCAGAAUGAAGGAGAGAAUAAGUUUCACAGUCAACUAAAAACAUCAGAGUAUAGACAGACAGUUGAUCUCCUUUCAAAGUUCCUAUAUCACAGCUUGGGCCCAGGAUAUGACAUACAUGUAGAUGAGACGGAAGAAGGUCAGAUCCCUGAAUUGGCUAAAGCAAUUCGGCAGCUACCUGCACCAACGGAGGAUGAUGUAAGUCAGUUUGCUCGUCAGGUCAUUUGGCAGUUUGAAGACAUACGGAUGUUGAUAGGUACAGAUCUACCUAUCUUUGGUGGUACAACAUAUCCUGCUGUCAGUCUAAGAUUGAGAGACACCCAGAGUCCCAUCAACAUUCUAACUGGGUUAGAUUACUGGCUUGAUAAUCUAAUGUGUAAUGUACCUGAGCUUGUCAUGUGCUACCAUCUUGAUGGAUUUGUACAGAAAUAUGAACGUCUCAAGACCGAGGAUAUCCCAGAACUUAAGAAUGCACAGUUCUCACCAAUGGUUGUGAAAGAUAUUGCUCAAAACAUCCUCUCAUUCAUCAAUAGUAACUGCACCAAAGAAGGACAUACCUAUUGGCUCUUCAAGGGUAAAAAUGAUGAUGUGGUCAAGCUCUAUGACCUGAGUAGCCUGAUAACUGAGCACCCAGACUGCCCUUGGGACAACCCCUUUUUGGUCCCUGUUGCCAUGUUGCUAUACCGUGUUGCUCGUAACAUGGCUCAGGCUUCCAAGAUAUCGGCCAAGAACAAGCACAUCAUUGUUUACCUUCUAAAUAAAUGCCUGUCAUUAUUGGCUCAAUGCAGAGAUCAGCAUUUAGAGAUUGUAGCUCAAGCCAACUUUAUCUUAUGUCAGAUGUUCAUGGAGGAAUCUAGGCAGAAACGACAUGGUAACAUGGGAGAUGAUGAUAGUUCUGAUUCAGCUUGGAAUGGGAGCUCUACGACCAGCAGCGAUGUGGAGGAUGAACCCAAUGAUGAUGUCGAUGAGGAAGAAACAAAGAGAGGAGAGAUUGUUCUUCCACCAAUCAAAAUCAAGAAUCUUACUGUCCCUAGUAGCAAGACAUGGAAAUGCAAAGACACUGAUAGUAGGAGGUCAAAGGUCAAAUCAUUGGAUGCUUCAAAAAUGGAGAAAGCAAACCAGAUUUUGAAAUAUGUUGCUGAUGGCCUUGAUGCAAUAAAGAACAGUAUCCCUGAAUCUACUACCACUACAUACCCAUCACCACCAUCUUCACCGUCACAUAGUGCUAUACCACUUCCCUUGCCCCCUUCAACCCCUGAAAGGACCUCCUUACCUACUGGUAAAGCAAUUCCACUGCGAGAUAAACCACAAACAGAGAAGCAAAGAUCACCAGAUAGGACUGCCGGAAGGGAUGGUCAUGAAGGAAAUUUACCUCAUGGUAAAGUUCGGACAAAGAAGCUAGGUUUGGUUGAUGCGUGCAUGCCUACAGGAGGAGAAGUUGCACAUGAUAUCAAGGAGGCUGGUAGAUCAGUAAAAAGAACUGAGGAAAGAACCGAAGCUCAGAUAUCCUUGGAGACAUCUGGUCAAGAGGUAGAUAGCAGUGGAAUAGGACCUAAUCAAUUGUCUCUUCAAUCUACAAACAAACAAGAUGCAUCGAUUGAAAAUCCUGGUGAAAUGUCGGGGAAUCCUUGUGACCAAUUACAGCUGAAGGGUGGAGCUGGACAGUGCAGUGACCUUGUGCAGACUGACCACUCACCAAGAAGAAGAAGCAAAGCAGUGGCAAAGGAGAAACCAUUUCCUCAAGGUUCUUGGCAAGAGACAUCUGGGUUGCUAUUGCUGGAGAAGGCUUACCAGGCAUACGUCACCCUGACUGGGUUAACAUGGGAGGAACAUAAACAUGGCAGGACACUUCUCAUGGCACAACUGGCAGUCAAAUGCUUCAAUGCUUGCAGGUCAAUCCUUGAUGGAGAGAGCAAUAUUUACAAUGUUCUAAUGAUGUGUGGUGAUUCUCAUCUCUUGCUGACCCAUGACCCUAGCAACCAUCAUCUUCACCAUGAAGAUUACCAGAACAUCUCAGAGACUGACACCUUCAUCCUAGAAACGGCCAUCAUCCAGCAGACAUCUCAAGAUUACGAGUGGGCAACAGAAUUCCUGACAGAGACGGAAGAAUGUUUGGAAUGCAGCAUCAAAUGUUAUAAAGCUUGUCUAAAUGAUAAGGUGAAGAAGGGGAAAGCAUUCAGGAGGAAUCUUGGUCAGAAGCUAGGGAAUGCUUGUAAUGAACUAGGCGUCUUCUUCAUGAACACUGCAGCUAAUCUAGCUUCAGUAAAAGACUCAAUGCCCAGUACGUUUGAACAGGAGCUAUGGAAAGAGAGUUAUCGUUGUUUUGACACUGGUGUGAAGUCCUUUGACGAAGUCUCAGAUUCAAUUAAUGUGGCUCUUCUCAAUUGUAACAUGGGGCGUCUUAUGAGGCUAUGUGCACAGAGCUAUGCAUCAGGGGGCAGCAUGGGACCAAAUUCAGAAUUUAGCCCAAAGGAGAAGCACUAUUAUGUAAAGGCAGCAGAGUGUUACGCAAGGGGUCUUCACAUCCUUGGCCACAAGAGCGGACACGUUACAUUGUGGGAUUCCAUUUCGUGGGAGCUCUGCUCUACGUACUUCAACAUGGCAUGUUUGAUGCAGGAUCAACCUCCAGUAGCUACCUCCUCUCUAGCUGAGAUUGAGAAGGAUGUGUUGGAGUUCAUGAGCAAAGCAUUAACUCUUUGCGACGUAGAGGAUACGUCGUCUAGUAGACAUCCACUGUAUCAGUAUAGGGCAGCUACUAUCCAUCACAGGCUUGCAUCCAUGUAUCAUAAUUCAAUCAGAAGUCAGUCCUCUCACAUGAAGAAGAAGCACACUAAGACUCUAGCUGAGCUUCACUACACAAAGGCUGUCAAACUCUUCAAGGAGAUGGAUCGUCCUGUUGAACUAAUCCGGGUUGAGCUAGAGAGAGUAGCAUUGCUAGAACAUCAGUUUGAAACUCAAACAAGCAAAGGACCCAAAUUGAAGACCCUAGAGACUGCACUAGGCAUCAUCCUUAAUUGUAGUGACAUCAUCCCUCAGUUGGAAAAACUGAGCUACAAAAUAGUAGCAAAGACUGCAGAUAAAUCAGAAUCUGUGAUGCAGGAUGUUGCAGCUUCCAAGAAGGAAGAUGUAGGGCUUCAUCAGAACGUCAUUAAGAGUGACAAGGAACAGGAAACAGGAAACCUCGAAAAGGUUGAUGGGGAAGAGGAGCAAGGAUGUGAAGCUGUAGAAGGGUCAAAGACUGUUCCCAGAAUGUCUCCUCUGAGACAAGGUGAAGGGUUAUCUGAAGAAGUGGCACAUGAUGCAAGUCAAGGACUUGAAAGAACUACUGAGGAUCUACCCUUGGGGAAAGAGACUAAUGAAACUUCAUCAAGGGAAGAUCAGCUCCAAGGAGCUGUUGGAGAUCCUGCAUGUGAGGGAGGUGGAGCUGAAGCAGAAGGAGCAGUAGGUGGAGCCGAUGAUGGAGCGAAGGUAGGAGAGGAGGACAUGAUUGACGGUACCAAAUCAGAAGUUGAAGAAGUCAAGAGAUUGCUGACUAUCUUCGAGAGUCGUCUUCAGUUUGUCCUGCUUUAUCUUGUCAAGUAUUCUAGCAGUGGCAAGCAUGGCUCCAAUGAUGAAGAUCGAUACAAGAAGAUGUACAGCUCAUCUCUAGGCAGACUUCACAGCUCAGCAGGCUCUGAUAAAGUUAGCCUAAGCUCAAGACUUCAGGAUAUAUGCAACAUUGCUUCUACUCAUAGAUAACAGUAGAUGAAGAUAUCUAGGCAAAGUGGAUGAAAACAUAAAAUAUUUUUGAGAAGGGAUGAUAGGUCAAGAGGGAGAGAGAGAGAGACAGAAGCCGAGUUGGAGAGGGAUAGAGAGAAUGAAAAAUGGACAGAAUAAGGAGAUGCGUGCUUAGGCUCUAUCAGGUGCCUGUUUUGAGAAAGAAGUUGCUGCACCUUGAAAAUGUUGCUUAAAUUUCACUGAAAAUUUGUAGUCUAAUAUGAACUGGGUUUUAAUAACAGUUCAUCUGCUUAAAGCACAACUAGUAUGCUGCAUUACUGUAGAACACCCAGAGACCUCUGAUAAAGCGAAUGCAAGCGACUUUAUGUGCUAGUAUAAUUUACUUUUAUUAGAGAUAUUACAUUGGUUGUUGUGUAAUGGAUAUUCAUAUGCAGAAUGUAUACAGUGACAAGUUGCAUGACACCUCUCUUUACCAUCAUUAUUAAAGGCAUUACAAUUAUUGUGCAAUAUUCUAUUUGUCAAGUAUUAGUAUAUGAGAAUUGUGAUACACAUGAAAAGAAAAUUAUUGUUAUUCAUCUCUUUGAAAAUUAGCACAUGAAAAAAUAUAUGGAAGAAUUUUAUGUCCAGUAUCGAUUUCGAACAUAUUCAGACUGAAACUAUUAGGGCC